GAUCUCUGGCGGUUUGCCGCAUGGAAGCCGCCCAGGCAGACAGGCAGGGAAGCAGGCAGACAGGUAGCAGGCAGCAGGCAGACAGGCAGCAGACAGAGCAUCGUCUGUCUGAUUCGGGGUUCCGUCGCUGCAGAGCUGAGGCGACUUUUCUCCCGCGGGAUCCAGCGGACCGGAGACCCCCGCUUCAGCCCGGGAAUCCACCGAGCAGUGGGCUGACAGCUCCCCUCAGAACGAAGCGUGUCUCCGAGAAACCGACACACACUCCGCACGCACCAGGAGAAACACCUGAGCACCGUGAGAUGGAGUCCUGAUCCGUCCGCACAGCGGGGAUUCAGAGAGUACACCGUUCGCUCGGCCAGCGGGAGACCGGGAUCGGAAGAACUGGACCGGGAGACCUGUAACGGGAGACCGGGGCCGGAAGACCUGUACUGGGAGACCGGUACCGGGAUGUUGGGCUUAGUUUGGGUAACGGACGGUGACUGCAGCUUUAAUUCCUAAAUCGCAACUUGGAGGACAUUGUUUCCGCUCCUUUUCCCCGUCUCGCGGGACUCCUCCGGGCUCCGUGGGCUCGUGAUUUACCCGAGCAUUGCGCGUCGUCUGCAGGGAUGGACCAGGCGACGUCUCUGGACAUCGAGGCGCUCAAGCUGACCCAGGAGCAGUACAUCCUGGCGGCGCAGCCAAACACGCUGCAGCAGAGGGGGUCAUCGAUGUGUGGCGCGCCGGUCUACCCAAACGUGGGCAUCUACGGCUGGAGGAAGCGCUGCCUCUACUUUUUCAUCCUGCUGCUCCUGGUCACUAUGAUCGUCAACCUGGCCCUCACCAUCUGGAUCCUCAAGGUUAUGAACUUCACCCCGGACGGCAUGGGGAAGCUCCGCGUCACUAAGGAGGGCGUGCGUCUGGAGGGCGAGUCGGAGUUCCUUCAUCCGCUCUACGUCAAAGAGAUCAGGUCACGCAGGGACAGCCCGUUGGUCCUGCAGUCAGACAGGAACGUGACAGUGAACGCCAGAAACAACCUGGGACAAGUAACUGGUCAGCUCACCGUUGGCUCAGAGAUGGUGGCGGCCCAGUGCCAGAGGUUCGAGGUGAGGAGUGCAGACGGAGGCAGGGUCCUCUUCUCAGCCGACGAGCAGGAGAUCAGCAUCGGGACGGAGAAGCUCAGAGUCACAGGAGACGAAGGCGUGGUGUUUGGCCAUUCUGUGGAGACGUCGCAUGUCAGAGCUGAACCCUUCCAGGACCUCAAGCUCGAAUCGCCCACCCGGACCCUGACCUUGCAGGCCCCUCGGGGGGUGGAGAUCAACGCCGGUGUGGGAGACUUCCAGGCCUCCUGCAGAAAGGACCUUCUACUCCAGUCCUCAGAAGGAGAGAUCUUCCUGGAUGCCAUCACCAUCCGGUUGGGCAGCAUUCCCCACGGCAGUGCGGUGGACCCCCUGGAGGGCGCGCCGGCCGGGACCACCUACACCAAACAGACUGUGUACGAGUUGUGCGCCUGCGCCAACGGCAAGCUGUACCUGUCACCGGCGGAAAAGGGCUCCACCUGUCAGACCACCAGUAAUUUCUGUCUAUGGAGCUGAGAACGGAGGGGGUGG